AUGACCAUUCAGAUGACCGUUCAGAUGACCGUUCAGAUGACAGUUCAGAUGACCGUUCAGAUGACCGUUCAGAUGACCGUUCAGAUGACAGUUCAGAUGACCGUUCAGAUGACAGUUCAGAUGACCGUUCAGAUGACCGUUCAGAUGACCGUUCAGAUGACAGUUCAGAUGACCGUUCAGAUGACCGUUCAGAUGACCGUUCAGAUGACAGUUCAGAUGACAGUUCAGAUGACCGUUCAGAUGACCGUUCAGAUGACAGUUCAGAUGACAGUUCAGAUGACAGUUCAGAUGACCGUUCAGAUGACAGUUCAGAUGACCGUUCAGAUGACAGUUCAGAUGACCGUUCAGAUGACCGUUCAGAUGACAGUUCAGAUGACCGUUCAGAUGACAGUUCAGAUGAGAGUUCAGAUGACAGUUCAGAUGACAGUUCAGAUGACCGUUCAGAUGACCGUUCAAAUGACCGUUCAGAUGACCGUUCAGAUGACAGUUCAGAUGACAGUUCAGAUGACCGUUCAGAUGACCGUUCAGAUGACCGUUCAGAUGACAGUUCAGAUGACAGUUCAGAUGACAGUUCAGAUGACCGUUCAGAUGACCGUUCAAAUGACCGUUCAGAUGACCGUUCAGAUGACAGUUCAGAUGACAGUUCAGAUGACAGUUCAGAUGACAGUUCAGAUGACAGUUCAGAUGACCGUUCAGAUGACCGUUCAGAUGACCGUUCAGAUGACAGUUCAGAUGACCGUUCAGAUGACCGUUCAAAUGACCGUUCAGAUGACCGUUCAGAUGACAGUUCAGAUGACAGUUCAGAUGACAGUUCAGAUGACAGUUCAGAUGACCGUUCAGAUGACCGUUCAGAUGACAGUUCAGAUGACAGUUCAGAUGACCGUUCAGAUGACCGUUCAGAUGACCGUUCAGAUGACAGUUCAGAUGACCGUUCAGAUGACAGUUCAGAUGACCGUUCAAAUGACCGUUCAGAUGACCGUUCAGAUGACAGUUCAGAUGACAGUUCAGAUGACCGUUCAGAUGACAGUUCAGAUGACCGUUCAGAUGACCGUUCAGAUGACAGUUCAGAUGACAGUUCAGAUGACCGUUCAGAUGACCGUUCAGAUGACCGUUCAGAUGACAGUUCAGAUGACAGUUCAGAUGACCGUUCAGAUGACCGUUCAGAUGACAGUUCAGAUGACAGUUCAGAUGACCGUUCAGAUGACCGUUCAGAUGACAGUUCAGAUGACAGUUCAGAUGACAGUUCAGAUGACAGUUCAGAUGACGUUCAGAUGA